AUGGAGGAACGUAAGGCAGAAGAGGAGGUGUUAGAUAUUCUUCGGCUGAAUGUGGGUGGCUGUAUUUACACAGCCAGGCGGGAAUCACUGUGCCGCUUUAAGGAUUCAAUGCUGGCGUCCAUGUUCAGUGGUCGUUUUCCUCUAAAAACGGAUGAAUCGGGGGCUUGUGUUAUUGACCGUGAUGGGCAUCUGUUUAAAUACCUUUUGGAUUAUCUUCAUGGAGAAGUUCAAAUUCCUACCGAUGAGCAAACCCGCGUUGCCCUACAAGAAGAGGCUGAUUACUUUGGCAUCCCUUAUCCAUACAGCCUGUCUGACCACCUGGCCAAUGAAAUGGAGACAUAUUCUUUAAGGUCAAAUAUAGAACUUAAAAAGGCUUUAACAGACUUCUGUGAUUCAUAUGGCUUAGUUUGCAAUAAACCGACAGUUUGGGUUCUACACUAUCUUAACACAUCUCUUGCAAGCUGUGAGAGUAGAAUUAUUGGUGUGUAUGCCACAAAAACGGAUGGAACUGAUGCCAUCGAUAAACAACUGGGAGGAAGAAUUCAUAGUAAAAGUAUUUUUAAGAGAGAGGCGGGAAAUAAUGUUCAGUACAUCUGGAGCUAUUAUUCAGUAACAGAAUUGAAGAAAAUGAUGGAUGCCUUUGAUACCUGGGAAGGAAAAGGUGUCAGCUACUGGCUGGUGCCUCACGAGUUGAUAGAGUGUUGGACGCUGGAAGAGCAGCCUUUACUUGGAAGUUUACCCCACAUGGCCCCUGUUCGAAAAAGGCGACUGGUAGCUUUUAAUGAAGAGGAAGAAAUUGUGAGUUGUAAGACUGGUCCUAAGCCGGUAAGAUAUUUGGGCCCUUCCACAAGCACCCAGAUCAAAGUCAAGAAUUCGGCUUCAGUCAGAGUGUCUCCAGCCAGGCCUCCCCAGACCUCAGCCCGAGCGAUGGCAAACAGGCCUCAUAGCGGAUCUGCACCUUCGAAAGCCACAUCUGCUGUGGGCACAAGUGCAUGCGUGGAGCCCCAGGCCUCCUCAGGACCCAGGAGUGCUGAAAAUGGGGCCACACACCCACCUCCAGCAAAGGUUCUACUCUCCGACAAGAAGCCUACACCCACACGAGUGAUCAAACUGAAGCGGACUCCACUGUGUGCCACCGCGGUGUCGUCUCAGUCCCCCUCGGAAGCCAGGAACCAAACCCGUUCCCUGGAGCAGCCUGCUCCCGAUGCUUCCUGCACUGUGGGUGUGUGGACCGAAAACGGCAAAGAUGAAAGUCAUCGAUAA